AUAUGGAGGAAAGUCAAGGAUAUGAUGGACAUGUUGACCUUGUAAUUUCAAAUAUACAAGAUCGUUUGAACAGAAUUGUCGGAGAACUACAUCAGCUUAUGAAUAUGAAUGAUCCAUGAAUAGAUUUGACUCGCAGUCACAUUUUAUAUCGCCUAGACAGCCCUUUCCGCUGCCCAUAGUUACAAUGUAUGCAGACGACACUUCACAGAACGUGAGGGAUAAAUCUGUUGUAAUUGAAUCAAAAUUCAAUAUAAAUCUUCAAAAAUCACAAUGUAUGCUUAUUGGCACGUCUCAAAGGUUACGGAAAUGUUUAUAUAGAUAAUACAAUGUACUUUAUCCUGGGAUUCGCAGGUGGAGUUUAUUUCAAAGAAAAUUGUAAGAAAACUUGCUGUACUUAGGAGAGUGAGUUAUUUUAUGCCACCAAAUGCACUUAUCAAAGGUUUUUAAUAGUACAUGUAUAUUGUUUUUCCACAUUUUACUUCCUGUUGCACUGUCUGGUGUAACGUACAAAAUCAACUAUAUUUAGAAAAAAAUUUCAAGCUGCAAAAAGAGGGCAGCAAGAAUACUUUUAAAUAUUCGAGAUAACAGGACCUCUACUGGCUUUUUAUUUUCUUCUUUGAACUGGAUGCCAAUUAAGGAUUAUUUUAUGUUUAGAAAGGUUGUCUUCUGUUCAAAGUUUUAAAUAAUCGGAUGCCAAAGAGAUGUGAGUUGGCGCCAGACCAGGUCGAAUGAUUAUAUGUCUAAUUUAUUAUAUUUACCAAUCGCUAAAACUGAAAAUUAUAAACGUUCGUACAGCUACCCGGUACUCUUCUGCAUUCCUUUGGAACAAAUUGUCUCAAAAUGUUCGAAACUCUGGUUCGGUUGGCAUUUUUAAAGCUGUGUAGGCCUAUUUGAUGGAAUAUUUUCAUAGAAGUAGCACUUAAACAUCGUGUUUUCCUCUUUUUGUUCAGGUGUGCUAAAUAAUGUAGUUGUGAUAUGGCACUGUGUGUGUGCGUGUGUCUUAUGCUAUUUUCUUCUUCUUUCCUUUUAUGUCAUGCAGGCCCCAUUCAUAUAAAUUUAAGUAAUAAUUUUAUCACUAAUCAGGUAUGUCUUUUGCUAUAUUUUCCCCCUUUUCCUUUUAUAUCGUAUUCAUGUUUAGAAUAAUUUUAGAUGUUAAGUUUAUGUUUGUGUAAAUGUUUUAAUGCAGGAAACUAGCUAUAUGCUAAAUGGAUAAUAGUUCUACACCCUGGCACCUAUCGGCUUCCAUAUUUCGGUGUCAUAAUUGUAACUAAUUCAAAGGAAAAGUAAACUAAUUUAUAUACAAAAUUUGUUGGAACUAGUUUGAUUGCAGGAUUUAUCUUUAAUGCCAUCGUCGGAUACACCCACAGCUCGUCUUUUUCUCACCAGACUGUGGUGAUCAGCCAUAUGGAUUUAUCCGACAAUGCUUAUCUUUCAAAUUAAAUAGUUUCGUUUUUGAUUUAGAUCUUCAGAAAAAGAAAAUGGCGGUCGUAUAAACAUUUCAGAUUUACGAAGGGAACAUUUCUAGUUCAGAUGCUGUGUUUUCAGGUUUUGAUGUAAUCCCAGAAUGAACUUCGAGGAAAGUCACAAGAUACGCCGGAAUUACGUAUCACUCAAACAGAGUAUCAUUUUACGUGGAACGUCUAGCGACCUCCUAGAUCACUUGGUGGCGUCGUCGGUCAUUUCCACUGAUGAUUAUGAGCGAAUCUUGUCAGAGACAACAUCUUCAGAAAAGGUCCAGCGCCUUCUUAAAGUGAUAGAGACAAAACCCAAAAGCUUAGAACCAUUCUGUAAAGCAUUGGAGGACAGUGGCCACGAAUUUUUGUCAGAAACCAUACGAAAGACUACUGUUGAUCCAAGUCUGAUCGAAAAAGAGAAAGAAAAAAUCAAUGAUCAAAUGAAGGACAUUCUCACAAGAACAUAUGCAUGUGUUGAAGAUGAAGCAACUCAUAUAACUCAAAUGCAAGAAAUUCAACGAGAAAUAGAGUUUGGGUUUUUAACAUCGGGAAAGGUUUGGGAAGGAGAGUGGGCAGCAGUGGAAACACUCCUUUUCAAACUCUUCCCGAAAGUGAAGAAAAAGAAAAAGAAAGGUGGAAGGAAUAUCAACAAUCCUGCAUUUCAGUUUUUGAAAAGAAUAGAUGGUGACGUUGGAACUUCAUUAGGAAGCCAAGAUGCUGGAGACGAAUUGUUAGCAGUGUCGAGAAACAAAAAUACGCAACCAAUGUCUGAAAGAAGUUCCCAAAGUCUCUGCAAAAUUUUGAAACAUUAUUUCAGAGAACAUCAACUGGAUCUUUGUUUACUUGAUACCCUUGAGGAAGAGGAAGUAAAUGGAGAGAUUUUUAUGAAUUUAAGAAUGGACGAAACAGCACAACUGUUUCCCAAUUUAAAGUUUGGCAAAAGAAAGAAGAUAAUUCUAAUUCGUGAUGACUUGAAGGAAAAAGAAGAAAAAGGCGAACUAUUUGAUGAAGACGGAUGUGAAAAUAUCCAGGCAGGAACAGACGAAGAAGAAAGGAAAGUUGAUCAAUUAUUUUCUGAGAAAUUUAGAGAAACAUUUAGAAAAUUUGGAUGCACAGUGAAGGACUCAGAAAAUUACUUGCAGAAUUCUGCAUUGAUCUCGAACCGAGUUUCUCUUCAGAGUCUUUUGGAUCCUUUGCAUAAGUUUCUGUAUGAGCAAGUUGACGAACAAGGUAUACCAGAUUGGAUUGCAAAAAGUGCCAUGCCUUUCAUUGCAGCAUGUCUAAAUGAACGCGCCAAUGGCACAAUCCAUUUUGGAAUUGCUCCCUUGGAGUCCGAAAUUGAAGUUAAAGGAACUAUCAAUGGUAUCCCAGUUGACAGAAAACGUGUUAUUAGAAGAUUUUACUCUAUACUGAGAUCCUAUUUCUAUGAAGAUGAUUUUGAAAGUGUCUGCAAAUGUAUUUGUCAACCUCAAUUUAUACCAGUUACAGUUCCGAAAGACGGCGCGGAGGAGUCCCGAAGACAUCUUUAUGUAGUUGAAAUUGACAUUAUCCCUUCAGCAACAUUUACUGAAGAUAAUGUGUUUUUCAUACGACAAAAGGACGUGGAUGGAGGCAAGAUAAAGUCUGUGUUCUUUAGAUUUAAGAAAGGGUCAACUGAACCAAUAACUGGAGCAGAUGAAGAUCUUCGGAACUACAUGACUGUCAAAUCAAAGUUGACAUUAGAAAGAAAAAACCAGGAAGAAAAACCAUUGGACAAUAAACCAAAGGAAAAUCAGCGCCAAAAAUUCCUCGAUUUGUUUUCUGCAGGAUUUGAGACUGUAAAGGAUGAGAUCCAUCCAGUACUCUUGUUGAGUCCCCUGGACAGCAAUUUGGGCGAACAGUUUGUGGCAGAAAAUUUUGAAUUCAUAAAUGACAUUGAUCCAGAAGUGAUUUUUGAUUUUGAUUUUUGCAACGAAAACAAAGGAAUGUAUCGUUUUGUUGAAGAAGAACAAGAACAAUGUCUUAAGGUAUUUACAACAGAUUCCUUUGACAAAAACAGCGAAGAACACACUGAAAAGAAAGAUAGCUACCAUAACAUGCUGGAAGAUUUGAAGAGAACUCCAAUUAAGCCAUGGAUAUUUUGUAAUGGUUACAGCCCCCUAGAUAAAGAACCCUUAAAAAGAUAUGCGUGGAAACAACAGCGAAUUGAAGGAUUCAAGGAAGCAGUCAGGUUUUUCAGUGACGAAAUACCAGCUGGGAGAGCCAUUGUUAUAUUUUUGUUGUUUUCAAAAAAUUAUGGUAUUCUUUUAGAUGCAGCAGAAGAAGUCAUUUCAAAGUUCAAAGGUCAUUGGUUACUUUUUGCAGAAACUGAACAAAUUGCAAGUCACUGGAAAAAAGAGCUUCUUCAUCGUCAGUGUGUUGACAAAAAGGCAUUAGAUCACCGGUGUAUUAUUGGUAUAACUUGGAAGAGUGUUAAUUUGAUGAUAAAAGAAGUUAUUGGAUCAAAGAAACAGGGUGAAUGUUUAAUCCCAAUGGCAAAUGGAAGUAUUUGUCAUCUGAGAGAGAAGAUCAAAAGAGAACUGUUCGAUUUAGAAAUUUUGAGCGCAAACGAAUGUGACAAUGAUUUAGAAAUAAUGAAUGACUUAGAGAAGAGGAAAGAGCAAAGGAAAAUGGUGGAGGAAAAUUUCUUCAAAGGAGCUUGUGUGACAUGGUGGAACUUAUGGUUCGAAGGAGAUCAUGUUUUGAAACGAUCUAUUCAUGCCAAUUUUCUAAAGAAAGUUAAAGAUGCGUGCUCAAAAUCUGACAACGAAGACGAAAGCAAAGUUAGCAGAGUAAAGUUGUACCAUCAGCCGGGUGCAGGUGGUACAACAUCGGCUAUGCAAGUCUUAUGGGAUCUGAGAAAAGAGUACAGAUGUGCUGUUGUAAGGCAUAUUUCCGACUUAACUUGUGAACAAAUAGAAAAACUGAGAAAAUAUGAAGAAACAGAAACGCCAAAACCACCCAUUAUACUAAUCGAUAAUGGUGAUGAGGAGAAAGUAAUCUCCCUGUGUGCUCAUCUUGCUAAUCGAGCUCGAAUCGCUCUACGAAGAAGCGAGGAUCACUGCAAAGUCUUCUGUGUACUACUUUUAUGUGAGCGUAGACCAAACUUACCACAUUUUGUUGACGAAUUCUCUGUUCAACUUCGACAUGAUCUUGAAAAGUCUGAACUUGACUGGUUCCAAAAGAAAGGAGAUACUUUACAAAAGCAGUACUUAAAUGAGAAUGGCAUUGAUCCUCGGCUGUUAUUGUCGUUCAAUUUACUGAAAGAAAACUUUAAUCCAGACUACAGAAAGGAGAUAAUUCAACAAUUUGUUGACAAUAUUACCGAUGAAAAGGAGAUGUGUCUGCUUCGGUACCUUUCGCUGAUGAAUAGUUUUGAUCUAGAUUUUCAAUCUGUUCCAGUUAGUGCUUUUGAUUUGCUGAUGACAGAUAGAAAACACACACCACAACAGCAAAGGAAUCCUAUAUCGAGUUUUGGGAUUGUCUCUACUCAAACUCACAUGCGAAAUCGAGGCUGGGAGGUGCAGCUUACACAAUCACUCUUAGUACUUAUCAACCGCAGUGGAAGCGUUAACUAUAGGGCUCACCUGAAAGGUCUCUACAUCAUUAAUCAACUGUUUGCAAAGGAAAUCUUCAUGUACAUUCAAGGUCAAAUGAAGUUGAAAACCAGCGAACUGAUGCUAGAUUUUCUGGAUUCCCCAAUGUUCUUAAGCUACAACAAAUCUCUGCAAGUUUUACAAAAGAUUGUCGGAGACAUAUUAAAAAAAAGACAAACCCUUGAUAUCAAUAGAAGAGAAAAAUUUUCCCCACUCAUAAAGGACAUACUCUCUCAUGAGAGUGCAGACAAAGCUGCUGAGGUUUUGGAACGUGGUUUUGAGUUAUUGAAAGAUCCAAUGGUAGCACAACAAGCUGCUCGCCUAUACUAUAUCCACAAAAAUUGGGUAAAAGCAGAACGCUUCGCUCGAAUUGCAACUGGAAUGAAACCAGAAAAUUCUUUUCUUUGGGAUACGUAUGGCCAAAUUUUCAAGACACAAUUAAAAGAAAUGUAUAUGGAAUGCUCACAGAAAAGUGAAAUGUUAGGAGAUGAUGAAGUGAGGUUAGCCGUGCAUAUUUUAUCGAAGGCAAUCGAAAAGUUUCAAUUUGAACAAAAAGCAAGUGAAAAAGAAUACUACUCAAAAAAUACGGACAAUGGUUACUUUGCAGAAAUUGCAACAAUUAUAACUUUCCUAGAUCUCUUACACUUUCAUCCAGACACAAAUGACAUGGAUAUAUUGCGAAAAUUUUUGGUAGAUCCAAAAUACAUUCCCCCCUCACUCACCAAUUUCAACCCUAAGAUCAUUCAGUUCAUCAAAGCAUUUAAUGCCAGAACAAGUUUCGUUAUGAGAUUCAUUGAUGAGAGGAUCUCACAACUCAAAUGGGGUGUAUACAGUGAUUUACUGUCAAUCAUUCCAGAUCAACGAAAAAUGCUGUUCGAUUUGAAAGAAAAUCUAGACAAGUAUUUUGGGGAAGAUUCAAAUGACAUACCACAUUUGGGCUCUUGUGAAGAAAUCGAAUUUGUCAGACGCAGAAUUCGAAAAUUAGGUGGAAGCUCGUUGAAAGUGAUCAUUGAUCUCAGAACAGAUGAGAAUGGAAGGGAAAAACUACAAACAAUAGAAAACUUACUUCUGGAAAAAGUUUUGCCCCAAGAGUUUUCCUUACCUGAUUUGAUAACACUGGUCAGUGCUCGUGUUAUUAGAAAUCUUAAUAGCAAUGGACAUGAAAAAGAGUUUAUUGAAAUUCUGUUGUGGAGCAAACAAGCAUAUGAAAUGGCAAUAUCCCAGAAGGAAACUCAUAUCUAUUUAGAGCCAUUCUUAUAUUUGGUUCUAUUUCAUUGGCAAACUGAAAAUAGAAAUAAGUAUGCAAAAGAAAUUUGUCCUGUGCAACAGGUUGAAGACGCGAUUAAACAGUGGAAACUCGCAUAUAACCAAAAAUAUCCACGCCAGAAAGAUGAAACCAAUCCAUAUCAAAGAAAAGAAACAACAUACUUUUAUUUGGGCAAAGGCGUUCAGUUUGCAGAGAUUGUUUAUUAUGAAGAUCUUUUCCAAGAUGAGCACGGCUCUCGGUAUCGAAAAGGGGAUUCAAUAUGGCAGGAACCUGCUAUUAGAAGAAGACUUCACAGAAUUAAGGGGACUUUAAAACCAAAUGGACUUGAAGUUAUGGUACAACAGAAAAGUUCGUUAGGAAAUGUAAAUGUUGUGUCAAUACCAACAACACUCCCUAUCCAUAAUAGAGCUUUGUGGAACAAACAAGUGUUUUUUUUCCUUGGCUUCUCUUGGUCAGGUCCAAAAGCUUUUGAUGUCUCGCAGGAAAACUUACAGGUGAGCACUACUGAUGCUGUGGGGGCAAUUAAGUCAUCUGUUGGAUUGUUCAGAGGUAUGCAGUAUCGACAAGUGUCCAGUGACGUAACAACCAAUGAAGACUAUUUAAAGAAACUUGCCCAACUAAAUGAAAGAAUAAAGAGAAUUGAACAGCUCAAAAAACUCAAAGUUACAUCACGAGAGAUGGAAGAGAUACAGAAAGAGAAAGAUUUGAUUAAAGAGAGGGACGAACUGAUUAGAAGAAGAAGUGAUUUUCUUUCUGGAACUUUGGCAGAGCCUUGGUACUGAAUCGGUGUACGGUUGAUGAGACCCUGGCAGUAAAUAUCGGCAAAAGAUAAGCUUCAGGGAACCAAUGGUGCAGCUCCACUUAAUAAAUCCUAGGGAAAUAUCUCUCUGUAUAUAUUGUGUCGGCUAUGAUUCUGAGUGAAUGGCCAUGUUACCAUUCUAAUAUCAUAAAUCUUUAUAUGGGUUGUUAUGUGUAUUUCUUGGCAAUAAUUAUUCAUUUUAUGCAAGACCCUUUUGAAUGAUUACAAAAACAUUUUGCCUUGUUUGUCUUUUAGUCCAUUAAUAAAAAACUGCGGACAGUGUGUAGAUCACUUCAUUGUUGAAUAACUCUUAAAUUUUAACAUUUAUACAUCAUUCUCCUCUUCGAAUGGAUUUGUAUGCACUGUUAAAACCUUUGAUCAAACCGCUGUUUAUUUACAUGAUGUAUUUAUGUAACUUCCUGGCGAUCUUGGAUAAUCAUUAGUAAUAUAUGUUGUAAUUGAUACUUAGUGCAAUGUUUUGUUUCAUGUAUCAGAAAUUAAAGUUGUUCUUCUGCAAAUUGAAACUAGCAUCCACUUCGUUGAAAGAUUAUUCCACUGGUCUCAACAGGGGAUGCGUACCCCUCCUAGGCAACCCAUCAUAUAUCUGGUGUUUUCCCUGUUCUCAAUUGUUUAUUCUUUAUAAGAUUCAUUAGACUGGUCUCUGUUUGAUAUCUUCACCUUUUUCCAAAUUGUCCCUCCACUUGAGAAUACUAUUAAAACAUUCAAUGCUAUUAAUGAAAUCAUCAUAUUCCUUGUCAAAUCAGAAUUCGCCCAAUUAAAGCUCUCCAGUUGUAUCUCGUGCGAACAUCAAACAUUACACGGUUUACGUACUUUAUAAGUAAUCGAUGAAACGUACUUUUGGUUAUACAGUUCAAAUGUUUAUAAUCAUUAGUAUAUUUUGAUAAGUAGUAUAAUUGUAAGAAGUCUUUAUAUAAGUUUUACAACAUAUUUUUUAACGUUUACGUUGAUUAAAAUGAUGUUUGUGUACA